AUGGUCGAGAAAAUUGAUAGAAGUUUUCGUGACACCUUUCAGAACUCGGUGGAACGCUAUUCCGUUCGGCCCGAAGGGAAUAAAGGCAAAACAACCACGUUGUCGUCCGCUUUUGGCGAUAACUGUAUGGGACGUGAUAAGUCUAUUAUGGAUGUAUUAUAUCCGUCGGCCUGUCAAAAGAAUGUCAUUACGAGAUCAGAAGAAAUAUCUUGCCAGAAUGUUGGAUCUUUUGAAAGAAAGAAUUUUGAUGAUGGAGACGAAUAUAUUAGGUCUCCCUGCAACUUUAAAUCUAACCUUAUCAACAAAAAAGCCACGAAAGAAAAAAGCACAGAAGAGACGGAAAAGGAAUAUCGACAAAUAUAUGUUCUGAGCGUCGAUCCGAUGCGGGAAAGAACCAAUUAUGACAAAGGAAAUGAUAAGCAAAAGCAACCGUCAAGCGGUGAAUUCAAGGGCGGAAGUGAUACCGACGUUACUAUGGUGCCGUUCGAAUAUUGUUCUAACCAAGAUACAGUCAUACGAAUGCAGGCAUCAUUGGGGCAACUGCUCCGAAAUGAUUCCUUGGCGGAUGUUACAUGA